ACCGCAACAUUUUAUCUGAUCAAGACAAAACACAUCAACCAGUACUCUUGUCCGACCGAACGAUACUGUGAUCGAUAUCGCCAAUAACCAUGAGUGCCACCAAGGCGCAAUCGCAGAAGAUCUUUGAGAAGUUGAAGACCAAGCCUGCAAACAGGCUAUGCUUUGACUGCGGCUCGAAGAAUCCAACAUGGUCGUCUGUGCCCUUUGGUAUUUACCUAUGCCUGGAUUGUUCGUCUCAUCAUCGUAACCUCGGUGUUCAUAUCUCCUUCGUCCGCUCCACGAAUCUCGACCAAUGGCAAUGGGAACAACUCCGUAUAAUGAAAGUCGGUGGAAAUGAGUCGGCCACCAAGUUUUUCCAAUCGCACGGAGGUUCCGCUGCAUUGGCCAGCAAAGAUCCCCACGUCAAAUAUGAAUCGCCUGCUGCUGUGAAAUAUAAGGAAGAGCUUAAGCGAAGAGCUGCUCAAGAUGCGAAAGAACAUCCAGGUGAAGUCGUGGUGACAGACGUCGCGGGUACCCCUGGUGAUGACACUGCAACUCCUGCCGGCGAACCAGAUGACGACUUCUUUUCUUCCUGGGAUAAGCCAGUCAUCAAGCGUCCUAGUAAUCCACCUUCCCGAGUUGGUACGCCAUCGAACGCCAGCCGCACUGCCUCUCCCUUUUUGAAUGCGGGCUCGAACGGGAACGGAGCAAGGUCGAAAUCACCUCUUUCAGCCAGUGAUAAAGAUGAAACAUCCUCACCUCCUCCUACUGCUGUGCGAACAGGAAACGUUGUUAGAAAAGGUCCCACUGGUGCUGGUGCUAAGAAGGGCAGUAUAUUGAGUUCCAAGAAGACCCCAAAACUCGGCGCGAAGAAAGUCGUGAGCAGUGAUGCGAUCGAUUUUGAGGAAGCUGAGCGCAAAGCAAAGGAGGAGGCCGAACGUAUAGAGAAAUUGGGUUAUGAUCCCGAAGCCGAACAAGCUGAGUUAGAAGCUAAGGAGAAGGCUACGGCUACCACGAAGAUUGCGUCUCCCACUCCUAUUAGCCCUGCUCGAGGUGGCUUUGGUUCAACGGGCAAAGCGCCUGAAAAGAGUGCAAGCGAAAUGGAGCGUCUUGGAAUGGGUAUGAGUCGUCUGGGCUUUGGACAGGUAUCGAAGCCUGCUGUUGCAAAGAAGCCUGGGUUUGGCGCUGUCGCUCCUGCUCAACGAUCGGCUGCCGAUGAAGAGGAAAUUGAACAAAACAGAACUCGCUUCGGGUCGCAGAAAGGUAUCUCAUCAGACGAAUUCUUUGGCCGAGAUCGGUUCGACCCUGCAGCACAGGCAGAGGCCAAGACUCGCCUUAACAAUUUCGAAGGCGCCACAUCUAUUUCCAGCAAUGCAUACUUCGGACGGCCUGAAGAGGACUACCCUGCUAUUGACGACGGAUACGGCGAUCUCGAGAACGCAGCGAAGGAUUUUGUUCGUCGAUUCGGAAUUACUGCUGGUGAUGACUUGGAGAACUUGACGCAAGUCCUGGGCGAGGGUGCUACGAAGUUACAAGGCGCUAUCCGUAGCUAUCUUAACAGUUAAAUGAUUCACGACAUGUUUCUUACAGAUACCAAAUUCAUCAUUCAUCUUCCAACUUUCCGGCCCACUUAAGCAUUUAAUCAUCUUGCUCGCUCAAAAAUUCGAUGUUAAUGUUUGGGGUUCUCUGUUUCUGAUUGUUAGCAACGCGCAAGUAUCCUGCUGGCUAUUCUCUGUUCAUCUUUGGUAUACAAUAUUGUCUUAGUAAUGAGGUUCAAAUUGAGAUAUAGACAUACAUGUUAUGCUCUUACGCCGUAAGUUUUGAAUAUCCGUAUGUACAAACAGUGCGCUAGCUGUGCCCAAGACACGACUUCAAUAUAUCAUCCAUGUCUUGGUUUAUCUACAGGCGACAUUCAUGACCGGUAAAUAGCAUCUGCCAUCUUAACAACCUGACCCAUCUCUUUAACAUCAUGCACCCUCACAAUAUCAGCCCCUUGCUGAACACUAGCUGUAACAGCCGCCGCCGUACCCCAAACCCUCUCACUCGCCUUCUCAACGCCAGUAAUAUGACCAAUAUAAGCUUUGCGACUUGUCCCAAUCAGCCAAGGGAAACUUUCUAACCCUUCGAUCCCGUGAGUCAAUGCGGUCAGAUUUCUUAACAACUCGACAUUCUGGUCUUUUAUUUUUGCGAAUCCUAAACCCGGGUCGAGGAUCAUGCGCCAGCGGGGGAUUCCUGCUUCUUCUGCCACGUGGAUUUGGGUUAGGAGUUCUGUGCCCACGUCCUUGAUGACGCCGUUGGGGUAGCUGGUUAGUUUGUUCAUUGUCGCUGGUGUACCGCGCAUAUGCAUCAAUAUCACUGAUUUGCCAGUUGCGGCCAUGGUGGAUAACAUGUUUGGGUCCAGUGUGCCGGCUGAUACAUCAUUGA